AUGGUGCUGCAUCGGACUCGCUCCCAGAAGGACGUGUAUGCCACACCGGUGGCUGCAACUCCAUAUGCCGCGUACCCACCCGACCUUGCCGUUCAGCAGCUUGGUCAGCAAGCCCAGCAGACGUACGAGCAGUUGAUGGCACUUCACCAGCAACAGCAAGUACAGGCCCAGGCGCAGGUGUCCAUGAACCAGUAG